AUGGCUGCGAUGGGUAGUGGACGAGGGACGAUGGAUUCCCAAAAUCAAGUGCAAAGUGAUAAUGUAGAUCGUUUAAAAUUGCUUUAUCCUAAUGUGAACGAAGAUGAGACACCGCUGCCAAAAUCAUGGAGCACGAAGGACAAAUUCAGCUACAUCGGUCUAUCACAGAAUAAUCUUAGAGUGCACUACAAAGGUGGGACGCAGGGUCCGGGAAGAAGACCCCACCUGCCCUAUUUCCACUUACGCCUCUGGAUGUAUCGUCAUGGCAAAACCCACAAGGAUGCAGCCAGCGUCCGUGCCACACAUCCCAUCCCUGCCGCUUGCGGGCUUUACUACUUUGAGGUGCGCAUCGUGUCGAAGGGACGGGAUGGCUACAUGGGCAUCGGCCUGUCGGCUCAUGGCGUCAACAUGAAUAGACUGCCCGGCUGGGACAAACACUCAUACGGUUACCAUGGCGACGACGGACAUUCCUUCUGCUCGUCCGGAACGGGGCAACCUUACGGUCCUACCUUUACGACUGGUGACGUCAUCGGCUGCGGAGUGAACCUUGUCGACAAUACCUGCUUUUACACAAAGAACGGACACCAUCUCGGUAUCGCCUUCAGAGGACUUCCGGCCAAUCUAUAUCCGACUGUGGGACUUCAGACGCCUGGUGAGGUAGUAGACGCAAACUUUGGGCAGCAGCCGUUCGUAUUCGACAUUGAAGAUAUGCUGCGAGAGUUGCGUGCGCGCACGCGUCUCGCAAUUGACGAAUUCCCACUACCCGAUGAGCAGGGCCAGUGGCAGCAGGUGCUUCACAGAAUGGUGUCAUCAUAUUUGGUACACCAUGGAUACUGUGGAUCAGCUCAAUCCUUCUCCCGCGCCACGGGCCAACACAUACACGAGGAUAUCGCCUCAAUCAAGAAUCGACAACGGAUAUCUUCGUUGGUGCUAAGCGGGCGUAUCGGCGAGGCGAUAGAGAGCACACGGCGUUGGUAUCCAGGACUCUUGGAGAGAGAUCCAGACCUACUCUUCCUCCUAAAGUGCCGCCAGUUUGUUGAGAUGGUCAAUGGCACGGCUGAUGAUGCACAGCAGUGCGGUGGGACCAACCACAAUGGCGUGGCGACGUCGGUGAUAUCUCACACCUCGAGGGCGCAUUCGCCCUCCUCUGACCACCACACUCACAACGGCCUCCAUACUAAUGGUGUGAUAGAUAUAGAACUGAAACAAAAUUGUGAUGUAGAAAUGGUGCCGGCGCCACCCGCUACGGAUUCGGCCGAUUCACCCAACGGUGAGCUCGACGGUUCGGAGCCAGUGAAAGGCAUGCCGGGCGUCACCGCGUGCGUCGCCGCCCUGCUAUCGCCGCGCCGGUUCGAAGGUGAAGCUUGCCGCGUAAGCGUGGAACGUAUGCUCUCGUUCGGACGAGAGCUGUAUGCCAUGAGCCAGAAGUUGUCACAGGACCAUUUCCACAAGUCAAUGCUAGAGGAUGCCUUUAGCCUGUUAGCUUAUAGCAACCCAUGGGACAGCCCGCUGGGCUGGCAAUUAGAGCCGGUGCGCCGCGAGGCUGUCUGCGAAGCGCUCAAUUCCGCUAUACUGGAGUUCCAAGGCAUGCCGUGGAUAUCGCCGGUGGAAGCGUGCGUGUCGCACUCCCGUGAGCUCCUGCGGCGUAUGGCGCGAGCGUCCCUCGGCGCCUGUGCCUUCGCCGACCUUCCCGCACUUCUGCGCCGCUGA